CCCGUUAGAAUUCAGAUUGCAGCCGGCCGCUGCCAGCUGUCAGCCGGCAGGUACCCGUCGUGCUGCUUGGGCCGGGCCGGUCCGGCGCCGUACUCGCCUCCAAGGCACCGCAUCCUCUCUGCGCGGCAUGCCUGCGGUCCGUGGGACGCCCCCGCCCCGUCAUGUAGAAGAGCAGAUUUGAUGUGAAGAUGGGACUGUUGGUGUUUAUGCGUAACCUGCUGCUAGCACUCUGCCUCUUUCUGGUACUGGGAUUUCUGUACUAUUCUGCCUGGAAGUUGCACCUUCUCAGAUGGGAGGACUCAAAUUCAGUGGUACUUUCCUUUGACUCCGUUGGACAUACAGUAGGCUCAGGAAGGAGAGAGAGAAAAACUGUGGCUAUUGUGCUUCCGCUGCCCAUCACAUCUCACCUUGCUGCAGACCCAGGAAAAGACAGAGCCCAGAAAGAACCCAAAGAAACAAUGGCAGCUCCAGGCCCAGCCAUUCCUAAAUAUGACAAACUGGGCUUUCUCCUGAACCUGGACUCAAAAUUGCCUCCAGAACUGGCAUCAAAGUAUGCAAAUUUCUCUGAGGGAGUGUGCAAGCCUGGUUAUGCAUCAGCGCUCAUGACUGUCAUUUUCCCUAAGUUCUCGAAGCCGGCACCAAUGUUCUUGGAUGAUUCCUUCAGGAAAUGGGCACGUAUCAGGGACUUUGUACCCCCCUUUGGAAUUAAAGGACAAGAUAAUCUGAUCAAAGCCAUCCUGUCAGCAACCAAAGAUUACCGUCUAACGCCAGCUCUUGACAGUCUCAGCUGCCGACGAUGUAUUAUUGUGGGAAAUGGUGGAGUACUUGCAAAUAAGUCAUUGGGGUUAAAAAUUGAUGACUAUGAUGUUGUUGUCAGGCUGAACUCAGCUCCAGUGAAGGGCUUUGAAAAAGAUGUGGGUGGCAAGACAACUCUCCGGAUCACAUAUCCUGAAGGUGCAAUCCAGAAAAUGGAGCAGUAUGAGAAGGAUUCCCUGUUUGUUCUGGCGGGAUUCAAAUGGCAGGAUUUCAAGUGGCUGAAAUACAUUGUUUACAAGGAGAAAGUGAGUGCCUCUGAUGGCUUUUGGAAGUCAGUGGCAACCCGUGUCCCAAGAGAACCCCACGAGAUACGCAUCCUGAAUCCCUACUUCAUCCAGGAGGCAGCUUUCAGCUUCAUUGGACUGCCUUUCAACAAUGGCCUGAUGGGCAGAGGGAACAUCCCCACCUUGGGAAGCGUAGCAAUAACCAUGGCGCUCCACAACUGUGAUGAGGUGGCGGUAGCAGGGUUUGGCUAUGACAUGAGUUCACCCAAUGCACCACUGCACUACUAUGAGAACAUCAAGAUGUCUGCCAUCAAAGAGUCCUGGACGCACAACAUCCAGCGGGAGAAGGAGUUCCUGCGGAAGCUGGUGAAAGCUCGAGUCAUCACUGACCUAACCAGUGGGAUUUGAGUGGCUGCAGCCACUGCCUCCAAGGGAGGAGAUGAAGACACACGCUGCAGCUCUGUGAGCAGGCACUGGCAGCCCCCUGCAAGAAUUCCACCUCACUGAAGAGAUGCCCAGGUGCUCUGGGAAGGCCUUCUCGCAUUGCCAGUCUGUGCAAGGGUUGUAGGAUCUGCUGCCUCCAGACCUGGAACUGGCAGGAGGUGGACAAGGGUCUAAUGGUCAGUUCUUGAACUCUGCAUCACAGAUGGAUCUUUUGUGUCCCGAAUUAAGCAGGAAAGACUCAGAAGAGAGAGAAGAAAAGGUUGUGAAUAAAAUAAUAUGUGCCAAAUGGGAGGGUGACGCUGCUCCGAGGCAGCAGUGCCUGAAUGUACAAAGUGUUUUUUACAAGAAACUCUGCUGGAAUCACACUAGAGAUACCAAGGUGCACAGCCCUGCGAAAAGCCCAGCCUCUCCACACUCCAUCUGCAUUGUCACUGGCCUCAGACCUAUCCCCAGGGAAACAAAUCCGUCCAAAACCUUGAUCCGUUGGUGCUGCUAUAAUUUGAAAGGAGAAUAAUGGCUUUCCUUAGUUCUCCACUUGGAGCUUCUGGAUGGAGAUGAGCAUGGGUUUGUUUUUCUGCACUUUUCUUUGCUUCCUGCAUAGAGGCAGCAGCCACUUACUAGGCUGUGUUUUCCAUAGCCAUUUCCCUGCUCUGCCUCUGCCCUGACCCCAAGGUGGAGCGAGGAGCCGACGGCUUUCUCUACUUGCAGCAGACGCUCCCCACCUUCCUGUCUCCCUGUGCUGAGGAGCCAGCCUCUCAUGUGCUCAAGGCCUUCAGGCCUCUCUUAGUGUGUGCCUGCUGUGCAGGGCCCCUGUGGAGUCCAUGCAGAUUGGUGUCACCAUUUCUGGACAGCAUCAUGCUUUUUAUUGUGGAGGAAAGGAGUAAUUUAUUCUUUAGAAGGAGGUCAGACCUUGAAACUACAGUUUGAGAGCAGGCCAGCAGAGAAGUUUCUUUUACGUUCCAGACUCAAUCAUGUUCCCUUUAAGCGACGUGUGACCUCAGUGACAAUGGAGCCUGCUGGUGGCACAGGGACCUCUCAUCCUCUGCUCAGCACCUGUUCACUUCAUUUCCAAGCUCCUCCCGUGCUGCUCUAGCACUGCUGCUCCUUGUGUUCUCAGGAGCAUGUCCCUUCCUUUGCCAUCUUGGUCCCAGGUUGCAGUAUUUGCACAUUUGAUUUGUGUACAUAUUUCAGAGGAGCUGGAAUAAACUGAGCAAAGUGGCUGAGUGUGAGGACAGCAGGGUGAUGUCAUCCACCUGGAGUGCAUUGGCAGAAGGAGAAUGCUGGAGAAUGGUUACAGGUAGCAAUGGGCUCCCAGUCUCUCCUAGCCUAGAACAGGCUAGUGUGCUCCCACAAGCACUAUCCCCAUGUGCUGAGGCACCAGUGUGCAGCCAGACAGUGAUGAGGUGGGGGGGGGAUCACAGAGAUAUGCUGUCUGGGCUCAUGGUCCUGGCACUGCUCAUGGUGCAACCCAAAGCCCUGCUCCGAUCUGAGGGGAGAACAUGGCCCUAACAUUGGCAAGGGAUGCUCAGAGCAGGGCUCACACAGUUUCCCUGGGCUGCUUCUGCUCCCACUGACUUGUUAGGGGUCUGUGACUCUGGGUCUUAGACAGCAGAGGGAACGUGCAGGAGGGGCAAGCAACGACCCAGGCAUGGGUCGGAGGAGCAAACCAUAUGGAGUGGUUUGAGACCAGACUGCAGGCAGAGGCAGCUCUCACGGCAUGGUGCUGGGUGCUGCUCACAGACUAGCAUGGGAUGUGUACUUUAGGAGCCUCUCCUGAGUGGUGCACCCAUAGCCAAGAAGCUUGCUCGGGCAAGUCUUGUCCAGCUUCUGGUCAUGGCUGCUGCUCACCUCAUGGGAGCUACCUGGGAACAAGAUCCUGCCUCUUCCAGGACACAAAUGACAGAUACUUGGAGGCUCUCCCUCCCCUUCCUCCUUCCAGUGUUCCUUCCCCUGUCCCUCUGACCUCCCGUACAGGCAGUCCCUGCUCCAGCCAGUAUACACCUUCCCCCAGGAUGCUCUGUGAGGUUUCUGGCCUGGAGAGCUGGGGUUUCCAGCAUUUUUUUGAGUAUAUGCUGUGGCAAAUACUUACUGGAAUAUUUUACCUUAAUUUGUUUCUCCUGCCUAAGGAGCCCAAGAGACUGGAAUUCCAUCACUCUCCCUGUCUUUGCAGUUCACCUGGGACCACUGACCAUGGAGUCUCUGCCAUGGUGGCAGUGGAGGUGCCUAGCCUGGAUCCAGUUGAGGCUAUGGCUCAGGAACGGGUAGGCACCUGCCCUCCACCUUAGUGCUUGAACUAGGUCUUUAACCAGCUGCUCUAGGAGCCCUUGAGCAGUGAUGGGAUAAUGGGCCACAUCCUUAUGCUGCAGUGAGUUGAGAUGCCAGAUGGCUGGUGGCUGCAGCCAGGAGGAGUGGGAGAGACAAGCCUUUGGUGUCCAUGCCGGGCUGCUCUUCAACUCCCAGAGAAGGCAAACACAUGAAAGUUUGUGGGGGCAGUAGUUUGCUUUAGUCUGUUUUAUUGUGCACUACAAAGCUACAGGGUACCUUUAUCUUCCAGCUCACUGGUUCCAGGUCUAAGGAAAGAGCAUGGUCCUUGCUCUCCUUGCACUGGCAUCCCAACUCCCCAGCAUGGCCAGGGACAGGUCCUGAUGGGAAGCUGUCACUGCAGACCAGAGAGGUGCAUCCAAGCCCUUCACUCCAUCUUGAUGGAUGUCUCCAGGAAGAAGUGCAGGGUCUGCGUAUGUGAGUGCACGUCCCAGAGUGACUGUGGUGAGCCAGGACCACCUGGAAGAAGAAAAAGGAAUGGGAGGUUGCCUGGGGAUUAAAGACUCACUUGUCACAUUUGACAUUGGUGUGACAAGCACACCCACGGUGCAGCCCUACAGCCGGGCAGUGGGGGAGCACACCGCAGCCCUGAGAGCAGCAUAGUGCUGGGCUUUGCUCCUGGAUCCUGUUCCUUUGGCUGCCUCCCCGUGCACACCUGCAGCCACCUCCUGCCCUCCCAGAUGCUGCAGUCCUGCCAGCUCAGAGCGGUGCGCUCGGGUCAGAGCAGGGUCAGUGGGACGGAUAUGAGUCUUGGCCUCUCCCUCACGGUGACUCACCUUUUCAGUUUGGAAGGGAGAGCCCAGGGGAAUUCUCCACAGCCUAAAUAUAGAGCUGGGUUGCCUGGUGCCUCUGACACACUGCUGUGCAGAAAGGCCACUCGGGUGGCAGGGAACCUGCCUAGAGAGGCCAGGGAAGUGCAGGGAGGUCGGGGAGCCAGUUCCCUCAGUGGGCUUUUGUGCCAGCUGGUGCAGAGAGCAGGUCUGGGGAGCUGCAGGCCAACCAGUAUGUGCUGCUCGGGGGGAGAGGGACUACCAGAGAGCUGCUGCUCUGCUGCCCGCAGCGCGAGCACAGGCUGCUCAUGCAUUUGUGGCAUGCAGCUCUCCCGAGUGCCCACCAGCCUCCCUCCGGUAGCUCACCCCAUUAGGCCAUGCUGUGGUCUCAGGCUCACAUGCCAAACAGAGGCACCGUAGACAGAGAGCACAAAGCAGCAGCAGGAUCUUCUGCGUCUCGGCAUCCCUCAGCCCAGCAUCUCCUUUUCCUGGGGAAGGAAGCAACAGGGAGUCACUGCUGCUUUACUCCUCAGCGUGGGCACUCUUGGGAGCGGGGGAAGGUGCCAGGACAGGACUCUGUAUCAAACAGGGGCUGACAGACUGAGUACGGGCAGCACCAGUGACGGACAAGGGCUUCCAGACUGCCUGGCAGGGAGGCAGCUGCCAUGCUGAGCUCCAUUGGCACCAGGUGCACAUUACAUGCAGUAUUAGAGAUGUGUCCUUUGGUGUGAGUGACCCGGGCUGCUACCCAGCCCCUCUGGGCACCCCGUGCUCACACAGCCUGCGUGGGGACUGCUCUGAAGGCCAGUGUACUUGCCGGUACUGUACCAAGCUGAGAUGCAAGAACUCCAUGAGGUUUUUUAAAUCAGUUUUUGUUUCUGAGAGAGUUUUUUUUUUUUAUUUCCCCUGUAGGCAGGGAGGGUAAAGAGUCUUGCAGGCUCCCCUAAGCCAGCUUAUGUCACAUCAAUUCAGUCAUAUCACAGAAGCAAUAAAGCUAUCAAACAAG